GUCCCUCACGCGUCGUCGCGCUCGUGUGGGAGAAAAAGCGUUCCGUAGCCAACCAGUGACUUUACCCUCGGAGUUGACACGUAGACUUUGUCGUUGCUUUUUGCAGCGCCAGGCUCGUUGAGCUUAGAAAUAUGAUUUUAAGCGGAGAGAAACCGGGUUCUGGUCGGAUAAUAAAGACGUAGCAGGAACACCAGAUUAAUUAACGCUGCUCAUGCUGAGGAAGAUGGCUAAAGAUCAGAGGCACAACAGAGUUGAGACAUUUGUGCUGGCUGGAUCGAAUGGUCACAAUGGCCAGCAGUGGCAGACCGACGCCAACAACUCGAGACCAGACCACCCUGCCACGGCCAACCACGUCUCUAGGAUGGCCCGUGUCGCCUCCGACGUCAGACACAAGUGCGCGGCCUACGUGCUGGCUCUGAGGCCGUGGAGCUUCAGUGCCUCGCUCAUACCCGUGGCCCUCGGCAGUGCCUUGGCGUACAAGCUGGACGGCUCUGUGGACCUGGUGGUCCUGAUGGUGUGCGCCGUGGCCGUCCUCGUGGUCCACGGCGCCGGGAAUCUUGUGAACACCUACUACGACUUCUCCAAAGGAAUCGACCACAAGAAGAGUGACGACAGGACUCUCGUUGAUGAAAUUCUGGCACCACAGGAUGUCGUCAUGUUCGGUGCGCUGCUGUAUUCCUUGGGGUGCCUGUGCGCCACUCUCCUCUACUUCCUAUCGACGCUCAAGCUGGAGCACCUCGCCCUUAUUUACUUUGGGGGUCUUUCCAGCUCUUUUUUAUACACUGGAGGCAUCGGCCUCAAGUAUGUUGCCCUGGGAGACAUAGUGAUCCUCAUCACCUUCGGCCCCCUGGCGGUGAUGUUCGCCCAUGCUGUGCAGGUGGGCUACCUGUCGGUGCUGCCGCUGGUCUACGCCGUGCCGCUGGCCCUCAACACAGAAGCCAUCCUGCACAGCAACAACACAAGAGACAUGGACUCGGACAAGCAAGCCGGCAUCGUCACGCUGGCCAUCCUCAUAGGCCCCACGCUGUCUUACGUCCUCUACAAUCUCCUGCUCUUCGUCCCGUACGUGCUGUUUUGCAUCCUCGCCACCCGGUACACCAUCAGCAUGGCUCUACCGCUGCUCACGCUGCCGAUGGCCUUCCCUCUGGAGAAGCAGUUCAGGAGUCGUUGCUACGCCAAGAUCCCCCAAAAAACUGCCAAGCUCAACCUCCUCAUGGGACUCUUCUACGUUUUUGGGAUCAUCCUGGCGCCUCCCGGCAGCUUGCCGCUACUGUGAUUCUUUAGAGUCAACGCAUCGAAACUCUUGUUUAUUACUCACUAGUUUAUAGUACCUCUUUUUAUUUGUAAAAAGAAAAAGUCUAAAGGCUUGUGCUGGCUUUUAUUUAUUUGCUAAUUUAUAAGCUGAAAAGUUUAGCUUUCAAAGUGACAAAACAAAGCAGGUUUCUGACAGUAUUAAACCAUCUUUAAUCUGUUAAGAGAAAAGCAAAUCUGCAGCUGCCGGAUUUGUAGUACAGUACAUGAUAUCAGCACAAAUAUAAUAAACCAUACUCCUCAACAUUAUGUUGUUUUUUUGUUUUGUUUUGUUUUUAUGGUACUCAGAGUCCAUUUGGUGUUUGUCAUUUUUAUUUCUCAAGAGCCAAAUAAUUUGAGGUCAUUGUAAUAAAACUCACUUGUGCUGAUCUA